AAUUCUACAGCAAAACAGUCCGCGCUCCGUCACGACAGAGAAAUAUCGUGAGUUGUACUGGGUUUGCGGGUAUUUUUCGCAUAGACUGUCCGACUUCUAGUGAAGUGAGAAUGGCGUCCCGCAAAAAACAGGACGAAAAUAAUCUAAAGACAUUGCGGGAGCUGGUAGCUUUGCCACAGAACAAAUUUUGCUUCGACUGCGGCCAGCGAGGCCCUACCUACGUAAAUGUAACCAUAGGGUCGUUCGUCUGUACUAAAUGUUCAGGAAUGCUGCGAGGCAUUACGCCACCACAUAGGGUAAAGUCAAUCUCCAUGGCGACGUUUACCCCCGAGGAAAUAGACACUAUUCGGGGCCGGGGAAAUGAGUACUGCCGGAGGGUGUGGCUGGGUUUGUACGAAGGGAGCGCGCCCACCCAUAUGGGCGACGAACAACACAUUAGAGAUUUUAUGGUAGAAAAAUAUGAAAGAAAACGGUAUUACUUAGAAAAGGCAAUGACGGAAGUAUCGAACACGAGGUCGUCAUCGUCGUCGACGAAAUCCUCAAACCUCACGUCCGCAUCGACCAAAGUGCACCUAAACGGAUUUUCCAGGAGCGUUAACAAUAAUUUGAAAUCCUCGGAUCGCGAAAACGCGGCGAACGGUAAAAACUCGUACGAUUUCAUAGUACCGCCCGUAAACAGUACAAAUAGGAGCAGGCCGGAAGUAAAAAGCGUCAAUAACAACAAUAGCAAUGGAACGAGUAGCAAUUUCGCUGUCGAUUUCGACAAGGCGGACAUUUUUAGUAAUACGCCGAGCAAUGGUGCAGUGCCCAGUAGCCAGCAAAAUGGUUUUGCAAAUUUCGAUGACAAUCCCGUGUUUAGCAGUCCGACCGCGAAAGUGGACGACUUCAGCAUAUUCGAUCUCAAGUUCACUAGCCACGGUCCGGUGUGGAACGAAGUGCCUCUAUUUCCAAAAUGUAACACAAACCGCUGGAGUAUGCCAGCUCCGUCCACCUUAAACGCUUGGACAGUGCAACAGCCACAACAUUCCGCCCCCCAUCAGAUAAACGGAAGCCUUGGUGCUGUUCCGGUCCCCUGCUCCGCCCAUUUGCCCGUCGAAGACAAGUACGCCGCCCUGAAGGACCUCGACAACGAAAUGAAAUCGCAGCACCAGCAUCAGAUGCUACAGCAGAACGUGGCGCCCUCUUUAACGGGUUCGACGGGUUCGUUAUACAGUUCGCCCACGCCCACCACUGGUUCCGUGUAUGGUUCCCCGUCUUCUCAGGGAUCCAUUUUCGGUAGUCCUAGUCAAGGUCAGUUCUCAAGUGCCUUCCCGCCAUUGCAUGAAAACGGUACCAACCAUCAAAUGUCGAACCCGUUCGGGGGUAACGGUUCUGCGGGAGUGAAUUGGGGUUCGAACUCGGGCGGGUUUCUCACGCAGCAACCACUAGUCAAUCCGUUCAGGGAUCAACCAAAAUCCAACGGGUUUCAGAACGGAUUGCAACCGGUGUUUCCACCCAAUGCAUUGAGCAACGGCUGGAACGCCAACCCAUUUAAGGUUGGCACCGCAAACGGCAAUUCGAACAAUCCGUUCUUAUGAGUGGGGACGCCUAUCAACGGGGCCCUUAUAUUAUACUUUGUGCUUCGCAAAUGACGAUGAAAAAGUUCGAGGAGGACGCAUUUCUGCUCUCUCUUUCUCUCCUCUCCUUUCUCUCUCUCUCUCUACACUGUAGAUAACGAAGUUUUUCAAUUUUCUCUUGUGUUACGCGCACUCAUAUUGUAAUUUAUUUUCGUUAAUGGUGUAUAUUUAUUUCGUUUUCGUCUCUUAUGGUAGUCGCGUUUUUGAUAAGGUAGUCCUGUUUUCAUGCCAAAUAUGCGGUACCGCCUUGGUGAGUUGUUUGGGAAGGUUUUUUAUAUUGUGCUCAGUGCCUUACAGGAUUCUACGCUAUAUUUUGAAUAUCAAAAGACUGAAGCGAUUCAAUUUGCUUUUUGACGAUUAUAUAGUCACCAUCGCAGGAUGUUGUUAAAAACUCGGACGAUGCUUUUUAAGGGUCCACAGCAAAUGUCGUUUUUCGCGUUUUACUGGAGAAAGAAACCUCAUUAUUAUGGAAUUACGAACAGUAGGUUAUAAUAAACAUAACAAAAAACGGAAUUGAUCUUCAAAUAACCUCAAAGGUUAUGGCUACUAGCAAAGUCACAGCUCCAAAUGGCAAAAAUAACAAAAUGUAAAUUUUAUGGGAUACAUCAAUUUUCGAAAUUUAAAAUGGUCAGCGCCAAAACUCGCUUUUAUUAACAAUUUGUGCAGUGUUGUCAUAUUUACGGAACAAUCAAACCGUGUUAUCUUCCGAACUUAAAAAAUAAUGAUCUUCAGGAUCAGUCAAAUAAAAUUUAACAUUCUUUUUCUUACCCUUGUGAAAUAUUUGAAAACUGGCAACGUUUAGCGGAGUUCUGCGAUUGCUCAACUUGCCAAACGUCAUCCCCAGGUCUUUCAAACAAGGUGGGAGGGGAGCAAGUGAUAUUGUUGUGCAACUUUUUUUCAUCCUAAAUUCGUUUAAUAAAUUAUAAAUCAAAAACAACAUCAGAAGAGAACUUAGAGUGGCCCUUCAUGUUUCAAUGUUGUAUUGGAAGGGGUUUGUUUAUAUUUUCGUGUAAAGGAACUCUUCCAUAUAUCACCUCUUAUUUUUACGGGGACACUAACGAAAGUUUGCUAGCAUUUGAGCAUUUAACAACCAAUCAAAUUGUUAUUUUAUUUUUGAAGUAACGAAAACAUUUGUAAUUUAAAAUUUAAGCGAGUAUAUUAUGUUAAUGUAAACGAUCAAGUCGAUUUUAUAAUGAUUGAAAAAGAACCCUAGGCAUAACAGUUUUUAUUACCAAAGUAAUUAUUGCGGGCGGUUUUGUAAAUUUUGUGCACUCUUUGAGACAUUUAUUAAAGACUUGAGCAUUGCAGUAACUCGCAAGUUGUCCUGGAAUGAACAAAAACUGUGAUUAUAUAACUCGUUAUUCUAAUCGUUUAUGGCGCAUUUACAUUCUGGGCCCAAUGCUCUCGCCUUUACUCCAUGAACGUUUUUCGGAUACGCUUAAAUUGUUCGGUCUAUAAGGUCUGACCGUCAACGCAAGGUCCACACACAAUCAAGAAGUUGCGAUCAACAUAGUUACUGGCUACACACCGAGGUUAGGUUGACACAUUGGCCUCUGAUUUUCCCGCCGAAAAUGUAACCAGCCGCCAUUUCAACGUUCUGGCUUUUUGUUUCGCCUUUCUACUUGAUUUUUUUUUUAUGUGAGGCAAUUGGUAGGCUAUCAAGGUUACUAGUUUUAGACAUUAUUUCUCAUGUUUGUGUUAAUGGUUGUAAAUAGUAAUGUUGCGAUCAAAUUAUAGGUCAUAUUUUGUGUAUUCAUAUUACAAUAUAUAUUUUAUUUAUU